AAUUCCGUUGGCGCAUUCAACUGUUUCUCAGCCGAUUGGUCCGGAGAGACAUAGCACCGCCGCCGCCGCCGCCGCCUCCGACGUCGCCCCCGAUUAAUUCAUCCUUUUCGGAUUUCAGGAUUUUUUUGUUCUUUUCGAUGAAAAAAGGUACCUAAUUUAAGAAUCGAACUUCCUAUUUUCUACAAGCAAAUAAUGAUCCGAGUAACCGACAACUGUGUCUAAAAAAACCAAAGUAUGAAGUUUCCCAAACGAUACAUUAUUGUUGUUCUAACAUUCUUCUGCACAAAUGUUUGCUACAUCGAGCGCAUGGGUUUCUCAAUUGCUUACACCGCAGCCGCCGAUUCUGUCGGCGUUAAUCAAUCCAGCAAGGGUCUGAUACUCUCCACAUUCUACUACGGCUAUGUUCUCUCACAAAUACCUGGCGGAUGGGCGGCGCAGAGUCUCGGUGGCCGCCGCAUUCUUCUCUCAUCAUUUUUACUUUGGUCCUCCACAUGCGCCUUAGUUCCCUUGGACCCAAACAGAAUCCUCACAUUGGUCAUAGCUCGCCUCCUCGUCGGCAUCGCCCAAGGUUUCAUCUUCCCCUCCAUUCACACUGUUCUUGCACAAUGGGUCCCUCCUCACGAGCGAUCCCGGUCCGUAUCUCUAACCACUUCAGGGAUGUAUCUCGGAGCUGCGGCCGGCAUGCUUUUGCUUCCAGACUUAGUAAAAAACCAAGGUCCCCAAUCUGUAUUUAUCGUCGAAGCAGCACUGGGUAUCGCUUGGUCCAUCUUUUGGUUUAAAUAUGGGAGCGAUCCGCCGCUUUCCGACCACCUCAGGCCGGCCGGACUGCUGCCGACAACCAAGUCUAAGGAGAAGGGAAGUUUGCCAUAUCAGGGCAAGGUGCCAUGGAAGAAAAUGAUGUUCAGCAUGCCAGUUUGGGCGAUCGUAGUAAACAACUUCACCUUCCAUUACUCAUUAUAUGUUCUCAUGAACUGGCUGCCAACUUACUUUGAACUGGGCCUCCAACUAAGCCUUCAGGAAAUGGGAUCAUCGAAGAUGCUGCCUUACCUGAACAUGUUUCUGUUCUCAAACAUGGGCGGCAUCAUCGCCGACCACCUCAUAACUCGAAGGAUCUUAUCCAUGAAAUCAACUCGCAAAUUCUUAAACACCAUUGGAUUCCUCAUCUCUGCGCUCGCCUUGCUGGUGCUGCCGCGGUUCAAAACAGCCGCCGGCACCGUGCUCUGCUCUUCGAUUUCUUUGGGUUUUCUGGCAUUGGGGAGGGCCGGAUUUGCGGUGAAUCAUUUGGAUAUAGCGCCGAGGCAUGCCGGGAUAGUGAUGGGAGUUUCUAACACGGCCGGGACAUUGGCUGGGAUAAUUGGUGUGGGGCUUACAGGAAGAAUAUUGGAGCUUGCUAAGGCUGUUGAUGCUGAUCUCUCUAGUCCUCAGAGCUGGAAGCCUGUGUUUUUUGUACCAGCUUAUCUCUGCAUUUUUAGUUCUUUAAUCUUUUUGAUUUUUUCUGGAGGGGAAAGAAUCCUGGACUGAGAGAGCCAGCGCCUUGAUGAACUUCUCAUACCACACAAUUCCUAUGAAUUUGCAUCUUUUGA